CACUGUCAAAUCGACGAUUCUCUCUUGACCAACUCUCCAGUCGAUUAUUUUUAUUGCCUCAGCUGCAAUUUUAGAUCCGAAAACAGAAAUGAGUUUGAAAUCGACUUCCAGGCACUUCAUGAACAGAAUAUGAAUUCGACAACUUCAUUAGGUAUGCCAGUUUGCAAAAUUUUGUUUCCAUUACUUGAUUUAAAUGAAACUUAUGAUGACACCUUUCCAAGCAAGCCUGUUAUCCACAUAUUAUUUAUAUUUUUAGCUCCCUUGAACAAGUUCAAUUCUAUUUUAGACAAUGACCUUCCAACUAAACAUGGUCCUUUAGAUGUAGUUGAUGAGAGCAUCGCAAAAAUGAGUAAGGAAAUCACAAAUAAAGAAAAGCGCUUAUCGUGUGAUAAAUGCAAAAUGAAAUUUAGAUAUCCAAGUCAAUUGGAAACUCACAAGCGCAGACAUAGUGGCGAAAAACCAUUCGAAUGUGAAUCUUGUGGAAAUCAAUUUAUUAGAAAAUCUGAACUGAAUUCUCACAAAUUGGUCCACACUGAUGAAAGACCGCAUGAAUGCAGAAAAUGUGGAAAAAAAUUCAAACGGCAGUCAGAUUUAUCUCAACAUAUGCGUACCCAUACUUUCAAGCAUACACAUCAUUUGACUAGAUAUUUGCGCUCUCAUAGUGAAGAAAGGCUAACAAGCAUUCAGAAUAAAUAUAAUUUGACUGUUCGUAUGCGUUCCUAUACGGGAGAGAAAAACAUACAAAUGUAG